AUAAAUGCAAAAUCUCAAACAAUUAGUAUAUAUGAGAUAAAUGCCUUCAAAUUUGAUAGCAUUUUCUUCAAAAGAAGGGAAAAGACUUUUCAAAGAAGCUUUAGAGUAGAAUACAAUGGAAUGCUAUUUUCCCCUAGCUGAGUAAUUUAUAACUUAAUUGCAUCCAACUACAUGUGGAUCAACAACACUUGUCAUGGUUUUAAAUGCACUUAAAAUUGAUCCAGGAGUUUAAUGGAAGGGGUAUUAAAAUAAUGUAAUAAUAGAAUUUGGAAAUGGUACACAGAAGAGAAUUUACAUGGUUUAAAAAAAGAACAUUUAGAAAAUGGUAUAGACUUAGAUGCAUUUUCACAUAUUUCUAAGCACAAUAAGGUUGCUAUUCAAACAUUCUAUCAUCCAAAUUUAUAUUAACAAUAGUAUGAAUAAAAAAAGUAAGAGUGUAUUGUUUAAGUCAAGUUUUUAUGAUUGUUAAGAAUAAUGUACACGAAUUCAAAAUUAAUAUAAAAUAGCAUCUGUUUCAACAUUUAAUAUAUGUUUGGAAGCAACAUCUAGAAUGGACAGACUCUUUAUGGUAGUAAAUAAUAGCAGAAAAAUUAUGGGACAAACAGGUGAAGGCCAUUUUUCUCCUAUUGGAGGAGUCCAUUUAAAAGAAAGAAAAGUAAUGCUCUUUGAUGUUGCAAGGUAUGUGAAAUACCAAUAUAAGAUUCAAGUACCCUCCUUAAUGGUGUGAUUUUGAUUUACUAUAUAAUUCGAUUGCUCCAAUAGACAAGGACAAUAAUAUGACUAGAGGAUUUGCAAUAAUAACUAAAUAAUUAGAUUAUGACAUUUAAAAUCAAUACUCAAAAUCAAAUCUUUAGGAUUGGUUCAAAAAUAAGUCAGAAACUAGUGAUCUGCCACAUCAUUUAUCAGUGAUAUUUGUUUACUACUUGUUUAUAGUAUUGUAAAGAAUUGAGAUGCAAAUUACAAAUAUUCAUACUAUUCCAUUUUAAUUGGCCUUGAGAGAAGAAUCUAGAUACAAUAUGGAUUAAGCAUUAAUAUAAAUUAAAGGCAAUAAACAAUUGUAUAGUCUUAUUAAUGAUUUUACUUUUCAAUUUCCUGAUCUUAUUACAACUAUAAGUUGUCUGUUGUAUAAUAUAUUAUGUGGUUAUCAAAUAAGCCAUAGAGAAUUAAUUGAGGAAUAUGAAUUGAUGAGAAUGAUAAUAGGGAUUUGAUAAAUAAUUAUAUGAAUAAAAAGG